CAUACACUUGAAUCUUUAAACCUCUGGGUGCUCAUAGUCGCCAUGAACCAGCAAGGAGGCCUAAGUAUCUCUCCUUAUCAGCAGUGUCUGAACUUUAUAGGCUGCGUCUUAAUACUAGCUAUUUAUGUGGGCACCCUCUGUUAUACGCGUUAUCCAUUGACGCUUGACAUCCUGCUUACAGUUCUUGCUACGGAAUACAAUCGAUAUGCAAAUGAGAGCCGUCGUCAACGAUUACCAAACCCUACUUUGGGUAAAAAGAGUCAUAUCUUUCGAAAAACUCCUCGGAAUAUUAUCCAGGAGGUAGACUCCAUGGCGCUGAUUGUUGGAUAUCGAGAGGAUUCUGAACUGUUCGCUCGAGCUUUGAAGAGCUACGAUACUGUGGCAGAAUGUCGGUUUAUCUUGGUAGGAGUUGACGGCGAUGAUGCACCAGAUUUAGAGAUGAUUCGCGUGUUCAAACAGGCCUUCCUUGAUAAUUCAGCGGUGAUCUACAUUGAGGAAUCUUUUGGUGAGAUAGCUAUACGAACUUAUGAAAAGCUAUCGAACCUCGGUAAAAGCUCUCAGUCUUGUAUGGAAGCAACCAUCUCUAGCUGUUGCCAGCUAGCUCGACAGAUUCUGGCAGAACACAACCUAAAGCUAGGGCAUCCUGACGGAGUUAAGAAGCUAUGUUUAUAUCAGCCACAUCUACAUAAAAAGGGAAUCAUGUUCACGUCUUUCAUAUUCUCGAUCGUGAUUUCUGAGAUGAUUGGAGUUGAAUACCUUUGGUCGUCUGACUCUGACACCCUUGUGCUGCCCGAUACUCUGAGACGAACAAUCGAAACAAUUGCGGGCGACCCUCGAGUUGGAGGAAGCAGUGCGGGACUCGUUGUGCAUAAUAAAGCUGAUACCAUAACUACCAGACUUGCAAGUGUGGUUUACUGGUGUCAAAUGCAUUUGGCUCGAUCUACCUCAGCUGUGUCAGGUACUAGCGACUGUCAAAGUGGGCCAAGUUCGGCUUUUCGAGUAUGCGCACUGCCUGCUAUCUUGUAUCCUUGGUAUACUCAAACUGUCUUAGGACAUCGUAUGGUUGUUAAUGAGGAUCGUCACCUUACUACUAAUUUAAUCAUGCGUGGAUGGAAUGUGACCUUUGUGUCAGAUGUCUUAGCGGCAACCGACACUCCGACUACAUUAAGUCGAUGGAUCUUACAGCAGGUCCGUUGGGGCAGAGCUGGCCACAUCGAGUCAAUUCAACAACCUAAAGUCUACAUCCUCACCAAUCCCCUUUUCUUCUGGGCUGCUAUCAAGAAGGAAAUCGGACCAUUACUGAGCUUUUUCUACAUCCUCUACUAUCUACUCACAGGAAAUUGCUUUGCUUACUUCGACUGGUAUGACAUAGGCAUGCAUUAUACUUAUACACUUCUGUAUAAUUUUCUCCGCAACCCAGAUCGGACUAAUGAUUGGUUCUGGGUUGUCCCGGGUCUUCUGUUUUACAGUGUGCCCCUUCCAGCAAUUCAUCUGUGGAGUUUGAUAACGGUUUUCCAUGAUGAAUGGGGGACAUCUAUGCGGUCGACUACUGAAAUGUUCAAGUUUAAGCGUGCGAAGGCCUGGAAGCGAUGGAAUGACCUGGGCUUUUUCGUUGUUUGGAUGGGUAUUUUUGGUGGUACUGCAGCUAGAAUGACUGCUCAGAUGGUCGGCUGGGACGAUGUUUUUACAUUUAUUGUUCUGGGUGCACUUAUUCCGUCAGCUUUAUCUUUUUAUUCGCUGGUGGUUCGUGAAUGA